AUGCACUAUGUGAGUUUCUGGACGCUUGCAGUGGCGAGCUUGGUGUAUUCGUUGGGCUGUGAUCGUAGGGACACCAUCCGGCUGGUUGGCAACAUCAUGGCGGCCACGUCGUUUGUGUUUCAGCUUUCCCCAAGCUUGGACGAGAUUGUAAACUGGCUCAGGCAAUUCCAAGAAUUUCUGCCUACCGAGUACUCUGCAAGCCCGGAAGGCCCCUCCUUACGGGCAAUGCCCCUCCUGUACCGGGAAGCCCUCCACGAGGAGGUUCCCGAAAACAGGCGCUCCGGGAAGGGCGGGGAGGCCGCUUGUGGGGAGGCGGAGUUGCUUACCCCGGAUAACAGUGUCAAGUACGCCAGCGCUUGGCUCCCUGUGGCAGCGCGCCCGGCAUCAGCGAUGCCCGAGGACUUCUACGCAACUCUGGGCUUGAGCCCCGCUGCAUCCAUCGAGGCGGAAGCGCUCAAAGCCGCCUACCGCAAGAAAGCCCUGGAGGUGCAUCCUGACAAGUGUGUCCAGUAUGAGCCGGCGGAAUGUCAGGCGAGGUUUAUUCAGGUUUCGGAUGCCUACGAGACCUUGCGCAAGCCCUCGGGGGCUCGGGCCUACUACGAGAAAUGGAGUGCAAGUCGCGGCAAGCGCUCCCAAUCCCGUCCGCGAAGGACGGAAUCGCGUUCUCGGAACUCUGCUGCGUUCCAGUCGGCGUCCGAAUCCUGGAACCGCUUCGCGGAGGAAAAUAGACAUCGCUGGGCAGAUCUUGAUGCGACCUACCUGAGAAUGCACCAGCAAGUGGACUCCAUCUCGCGUAAGGUGAAGCAAAUGAGCAAGAACGUUCAGGAGCAGAUGGAAUCCAUGCAACAGUCUAUGGAGCAGUCCUUCAGCCAGAUGGCGAAGGAUAUGGACUCACACUUUGAUGACAUCAGCCGCAAGAUCGACGAGAUGGGACAAUCGCUGGGGGCGCGCACGCGAAAGAGAAAGCAAACUGCCGAGCGUCAUGCGCGGCCGCGGCUGAAGCCGCUGGAGCUGUGCCCAGAAGCUUUCGAGAGCAAUCCCGUGUUAGUGGCAUUUAAUGGACAAUCCUCCUCGGCGAAGAUGGUGAAGUUCUCCCGUGACGCUUCGAACCCCAGCAAGGCCUGCAAGGCACAGGGCGUGGACCUCCGUGUCCACUACAAGAACACCUAUGAGACUGCCCAGGCCAUCAAGGGAAUGACGCUGGCGAAGGCCAAGCAGUACCUCGAGGAUGUUUGCGAGAAGAAGCGCUGCAUCCCCUUCCGCAAGUACGUGGGCACGAUCGGCCGCACCCCCCAGGCGAAGGAGUUCAAGGCCACCCAGGGCCGCUGGCCAGUGAAGUCUGCCAAGAUUGUCCUCGGCUUGCUGAAGAACGCGGAGGCCAACGCCGAGUUCAAGAACCUCUCCACCGAGAACCUGUACGUCUACCACGUCCAGGUCAACGCGGCCCAGCAGGGACGCAGGCGCACCUACCGCGCCCACGGCCGCAUCGGACCAUACAUGAACUGCCCCUGCCACGUGGAGAUGAUUCUGCAGGAGAAGGACGAGGCAGUUGAGAAGCCCGCGGAGGAGAAGCAGCCCAAGAAGUUCACUCGCAAGCAGCUGGCCAAGCUUCGUUUGCCGGUCGGCGGUGACAAGUGA